CAUAACAGAAGAAAGAAAAAGGGGAAGGAAAGGAAAGGAAAGGGGUCAGUCCACUGGAGUUGUUCAUCAGUGUAUUCUGAAGCAGAUAUAUUUAUUUGUCUAUGGCGUAUUGUCAUAUUAAAGAAGGUGCGUGUGCGGUUUAUAUUUCAAUAUAAUGUACUUAACUGAUAAAGACAUCAGUGUAAGAUAAAAACUGCGGAAGGGAGACGGAGGCACUUAACAUCCAGUUCAAAGAGACUAAAAAUGAGUUUUAAAGUUUUUUUUAGAGCACUCUGUGACUUCAUCGACAAUAACAGGAGAAAGCUGGAAAAGCAAAUUUAUACCAUCAGAUAAAAAACUGGUUUGUCAUGUCUGUAGUCACAGAGCGAGGUCUAAAGACAACUAGAUCCAAAUGUGACUUUGGUCAAAUUUGUGUCAUGAGCUUUUAACCCCCUGUAUUUUCAAACCAUUUAUUCUGACUAUAGAUAACAAGGUUUAUUAGAUGUAGUGAUGCAGACUGGACAUAUUACUGGAUAGCGUGUGAGGUGGUUUGCAUGAGUAAAGAGGGAAAGACCCCUUUGCCUGCAGUGGGGGGGCUGACGGGCAGACAGCGUGACAGCGAAGGAUUGCCCACUAUGGGCGCAGCAAUGGGGCCAUUGCUGCUUUGGCUCCAGGAUGUGGCAGCGGUGACCCUUCUAAGAGCUCGCAGGACGCUUCUAAGGGCCGCCAUCCUGUUCUGUGUCCUGGUGCUCCUUCUGUGGGUCUCCAUCUUCCUGUAUGGAAGCUUCUACUAUUCCUACAUGCCCAGUGUCAGCUACUCCACACCAGUGCACUUCUACUACAGGACAGAUUGUGAUGCUUCAGAUUCAGUUCUCUGUUCUUUCCCCAUGGCUAACAUCUCACUUUUGAAGAAUGGAAGAGACCAGGUGAUGAUGUCUGGUCAGGCCUACAGGAUCUCUCUGGAGCUGGAAAUGCCUGAAUCUCCUGUUAAUGAACAGCUUGGCAUGUUCAUGGUCAAAAUGUCUUGCUAUACCACUCAUGGGACGGUCGUUCAGUCAGUGGCCCGCUCAACGAUGCUGCACUACCGCUCUAAUCUGCUGCAUACCAUGAACACGCUGCUCUUCUCACCCCUCCUGCUCACAGGUGUGACUGAGCAAAAGCAGCUCAUCGAGGUGGAGCUCUACCCAGAUUUCAAAUCAGACCUUUACCAGCCUGCUGUUGGUGCUGUGAUCGAGAUUCAGUCCCGCAGAGUCCAGAUUUAUUCUGCCCAGCUCAGAAUCCAUGCCUACUUCACUGGCAUUAGAUACCUCCUGUAUAAUUUCCCUGUGAUGUCUGCAAUCGUUGGGGUGGCGAGUAACUUCACCUUCCUCAGUGUCAUUGUGCUCUUCAGUUACCUGCAGUUCAUCUGGGGAGGGCUCUAUCCCCCCGAGCAGGUCAGAGUGAAGGUGAUGAUGGGAGACUCGACACGACUUCAGCAGAGGAGGGAAGAAGCACGUAAACGUAUGCACUCAUCUGCCAGCACUCCUAUCAUGACAUAUGCAAGAGAUAGCAGUGAAGCAGCAAGUCCACCAAAACAAACAGUUCGAAACAAAGGUGAGUUGGACACUCCUACUGCGAUUGGGACAGAGGACCUGAAUCACCUGCAAGAGGAUGAAGCUGCUCAGGACUCCUCUACAGAUGACGCUCCCAUUUUCCUUGAGGCUCCUCAUAUUGCAGAGACCCAUUUGAGCGAGGAGGACCCAGAUCAUGAGCAGAGGCCAGCAGGAAUGGGAAAUGGGACUCAAGAUGAAGAAACUGCUCAACUGCAGUCCUCAGACACCAGCCUUAGACAAAGGCAUGGACCCUGGAUGAGGCUCUGAGCUCCAAACUCUGGAGAAACCACAAACUCACAUGCAUUCUGUUACAUUAGAGCACAUAUGUGACUCAUAGCUAGCAUAUUCAAGACAUUCCUUUUGCAAUGCAUUUUUCAACAAAAAAAAUUUUCAGAUGCAUUUGGAAACCAGUUUACCUCGUGGAGCUGAUGUGAAUCUAAAGAGAAUUUCCUGCUCUGCUGCUAUUGUUCUCCUUUAGCUGAUUACUUACUAUAGGACUUAAAAGUCACCUUUAGAGUCCUGUCAUGCUUUAACCUGUCGUUACUGAGGUCUGUGGUUCUGUUACAAUAUCAGUUUUGCAUGUAAAGUGUAACUACUGUAAGUGUGUUCAAUGUUUUAGCACUUCCAUUUUAUUAAUUUCCCUUGCAUUCCUCUGCGUUGUGAUGUUCUCACAAAAAUCAUCUGUGAGUGCACGUGAGUUUCUCACAUAUAUAUGUAUAUAUAUAUAUAUAUAAACUGUGAGUUUCAUCAAUUUCAGUUAUUUUACAGCAGAAAAUGCAAAACAUAUUUUGUUAAAGAGAAGCAUGUUACAUAUUAUAAAAAAAAUAAAUAGAGGACACUGAAGUAUAAUUUAUUUGGGAAACAUACUAAAAUAUUUGUAUUAUUACUGUUACUAUAUAAAAUAAUAUUCCAACACUACAUGGAAUAUUAAUCCUACUGUGGAAGUAUAUGGUGUUUUUAUUUUUAUAUUUAUUUUAUUUAAUUAAAUUCAUGCAUAUUUGUCUGCUUUAACCAAAGAUUUACUGGUAUAUUUUCUUUAAUCUUUUGCAUAGAGAUUGUGAGCAAAUCAGUCAAUGUUCGUAUUUGCCGUCUACUUCAUAUGUUCAUUUGUUUUUUGGUUUAAUAAAUUAGACAUGAAGGCAAUAGC